CAACCCCAAAAGCAAUCAAGCGGGAGAGGGACGCUCUCUGUUUCUCUCUAUGCCUCCCAGAAGAGGGAUUUGCGAGACUUGAAUUUGAUCCAUAAUAAUCCCAACUAGUCUAGUAGUACUAUAGAUAGUCAGAUAGAGAUGGCAUUGAGCCGCACUGAACUGCUAAAUGAAGCAAAGAAGCUUGAGUUACAAGGAUUACAGAAAUAUUUGAUCUCUCCUCUAUGUAUGCCUAAACUUGAUCAACUACUUAAUGAUGUGUAUGCGGCUCGCCGUCCGAAGCCAAUUGAUUAUCGCAAUCGAAGAGAUUUGAUUCGUAUUUUCAAUGCCAUCUCCAAAGAAUUAUAUGGCAAUAUUGGCAAUUCUCCUGUUGUGGAGGUCUAUGGCUCUUUUGUGAUGGAUUUGUUCAGUGAUGAAAGUGAUCUUGAUCUCUCUGUUAAUUUCAGCAACAGUGUAGGCGAUCUUCCUCGAGAUAUGAAGAUCAAAACUCUUCGGAAGUUUGCUAAAAAGUUUUUGUCUCUUCAAAGGGCAGGGCAUGUUGCUGGUGUACAGACGAUUGUGAGUGCUAGGGUUCCUAUAAUCAAGCUUAUAGACUGUGGAACCGGAAUUGAGUGUGAUUUAUCAAUUGAGAACAGGGAUGGCAUUGUAAAAUCCCAGAUUGUCUACAUAAUAUCUAGAAUUGACGGAAGGUUUCAGAAACUGAGUUUUAUGAUGAAAGCCUGGGCAAAAGCACAUAAUAUCAACUGUCCCAAAGAUCGAACUCUGAGCUCUUUUGGCAUAAUAUCUUUGGUUGCUUUUCAUCUGCAGACUCGAGAUCCGCCAAUAUUACCUCCAUUAUCUACUUUGUUUGAAGAUGGAACUGAUCCUGCAACUGUGAUGAAAAGAGUAGAUACUUAUUUGGAGUUUGGAAAAAGAAACAAAGAAUCCGUGGCAGACCUUUUCUUUACCCUGUUAGUCAAGGUAGCAUCAGCUGAAAAGCUGUGGCAGAAAGGUCUAUGUGCAAGUCUGUACGAAGGAUCGUGGACAUCAAAAUUAUGGGAUCCUCAUUAUAAUGCUAUAAAUGUUGAGGAUUUCACAGAUCCAUCUCAAAAUGUUGCAAGGGCAGUAGGAACAGGAGAAUUUCAAGAGAUCUAUAGGUGUAUUCAUUCUUCUCUCAGUCACCUGUUAGCAUUUUCAGACAACCAGAUGGAGGGAAACAACUUGGUGGAACUUUUGUUUGGCACGAAGUCAGUAUACAGCCCGAGCAAAGCUAAGCAUCCUCCACUCCUUAAUGGUCACCAGACAAAGCGGAUGCGAGUAAGUAGAGGCUGGGAAGAAAACCAGCCAGAGGAAGGCUGGAAAGGAAAGCAAACUCAAGGUUCAGGAACAGCACAGCACGUGGAAGUUAGAGGAGGAAGCCAACAAGCUGAUGGCCCAGUAGGAACGAUGCAAGUAGAUGGUUUGGGAGGAGCACAGCAAUCCCAUGAUGAAGCAACUUCAAACCUAAAUGUUAAAGAUGAAACUCCAGUAGUUCAUACUCAAACUCCGCUGGUCGGCACAUUGUGCAAUUCAAUUUCUCCCCACACUCCGCUAGUUUCUUAACAAACUCCCUUGGUGGCUUCAAAUUCAGGUAAUAAAAUGUUCAUUAUGGUUCAACGAAGCUCCCCGCUCCUAACCAAAAUAUAAUAGGUCUUGAGAGUUCUAUUGCAUUUCCAACAAUCUGCCUUUGCUUCCCAGCAAAAUUCUUAGGUUAGAUGGGUCACAUAGGCUAGAUUAACCUGUUCUGGUGCCGCAUCAGUACCAUCUCAUACACACAGCGGCCACAAUCAGUUUACAGGCAAUUGUGUUCAUCUCACACCAAUCAAGGAUCAUUGGGUAUACCAGAUUGGACUGUACUAUUUGAAUUAGAUUAUGUUGUAGUCCAUUGUUCGACUACAAUUGUAUUAUGUGGUGUUGUACUAGAUUAAGUCGAGUUAGUUGUACUUUGUAAAUGCGUAGAUGCAGUAUUGGAUUGAACUAAUCAUUUGUUACUUUGAGUUACCAACUAUGCUGUUCAGUCUGUUCAUUGAUGAUCAAUAAAGAAAAAAACAAUUAUACAUUCUGCAGUA